UAGUUGUCCAACUGGCUGACAGACACAACCACAGCAACUCAGACUUGUCUAUCACUACUGCAAGCAAGACCGUUUAACUGACUAGCUCUGGCUGGUUAGCUUUCGUGUUAUGACCAGGGAAGUUGAACGUAAUCCACUUUAAUGUGAAAAUCAGCCGACAGUCGUCAGAGAGCGUCCACCUGUUAUUUGCUAUAUCGAGGAGCUAAGUUAGCUAACGUUACGGUUGACUGUUAGCUCACGUUAGCCAAUUGUAUUUCUUUCUCAUCCUGCUGCGUAUCAUAGCAAGGUUAUCAACAUGUUGCAGUGAGUAAUGAUUCAAGUGUUGAUAUUAAUGAUGGCCAUGUGGGCGGCGCAAGGAUGCCCAAAUUCAGAGAGCUGCCCAACGCCGAAUCCAAAUGUCACCUCCAAGGAGUAUUGUUACACUGCCCGAAUUCGCAGUACAGUGCUCCAGGGCUUGCCUUUCGGCGGGGUGCCUACUGUCCUUGCCCUUGACUUUAUGUGCUUCUUGGGGCUGCUGGUUGUGUUCUCCUUCUUGAGAAAAGUAGCAUGGGACUAUGGGCGCCUCGCUCUGGUGACUGACGCUGACAGGAGAAUGGAUCAGCGAUACAGUCGCCUGGAUGAUCGGGAAUACGUGGCUUCUGCCUUGACUUCGGAUACGACAGAACGGUAUGAGCGCCUCACUUCAGUUUCCAGCUCUGUGGACAUUGAUCAGAGAGACACAGGCUUCUGCUCCUGGCUGACUGCCAUCUUCCGCAUCAAGGAUGAGGAGAUAAGGGAGAAGUGUGGGGAGGAUGCAGUACAUUACUUGUCCUUUCAGCGCCACAUUAUUGGCCUGCUGGUAGUGGUGGGCGUGUUGUCUGUGGGCAUCAUCUUACCCGUUAACUUCUCGGGAAACCUACUUGAAAAUAAUGCCUAUAGUUUUGGGCGAACCACUAUAGCAAAUUUGGAUGCAGAUAAUACACUACUGUGGCUGCACACCACCUUUGCAUUUCUCUACCUGUUACUGACGGUGUACAGCAUGCGACGGCACACCUCAAAGAUGCACUACAAAGAGGACGACCUGGUGAAACGCACUUUAUUUGUCAAUGGAAUCUCCAAAUACGCAGAGGAGACUGAGAUAAAGCAACACUUUGAGCAGGCGUAUGAAAACUGUUCUGUACUGGAAGCUCGGAUCUGUUACAAUGUAGCAAGGCUGAUGUAUCUCAACUCUGAAAGGAAGAAGGCAGAACGCAGCAAGAAAUUCUUCAUUGACCUGCAGGCCAAGGAGCACAUUACCACCAUGAUCAAUCCAAAACCCUGCGGACACCUUUGCUGUUGCAUCAUCAAAGGCUGUGAGCAGGAAGAGGCAGUGAGCUACUAUACCAAGCUGGAGGCACAAUUAAAAGAUGACUACAGGAAAGAGAGAGAAAAGGUUAACAGGAAGCCUUUAGGAAUGGCCUUUGUCACUUUCCAGAAUGAAUCCAUAACUGCCAUAAUCUUGAAAGACUUCAAUGCUUGCAAGUGUCAGGGCUGUAAAUGUCGCCGGGAACCUAAGAGCUCUCAGUUCAGCCCCAAACUCCACACACACAACUGGACUGUCAGCUACGCCCCUGAUCCACAAAAUGUCUACUGGGAGCAUCUGUCAGUGGGAGGAUUCUCCUGGUGGAUCCGCUGCUUGAUCAUCAACCUUGUCCUCUUCAUCCUCCUCUUCUUCCUCACCACCCCGGCCAUAAUCAUCUCCACCAUGGACAAGUUUAAUGUUACCAAACCAGUGGAGUACCUAAAUAAUCCGAUUAUCACCCAGUUCUUUCCCACCCUCCUCCUGUGGUCCUUCUCAGCGUUACUUCCUACCAUCGUCUACUACUCUGCCUUCUUCGAAGCCCACUGGACCCGGUCAGGAGAGAACAGGACCACUAUGCAUAAGUGCUACACUUUCUUGAUCUUUAUGGUCCUGUUGCUGCCCUCUCUAGGACUCAGCAGUUUGGAUGUUUUCUUCCGCUGGCUUUUUGACAAAAGAUUCUUGGCAGAUGCUAAAGUGAGAUUUGAGUGCGUGUUCCUUCCUGACAAUGGAGCUUUCUUCGUGAACUAUGUCAUUGCGUCUGCAUUCAUUGGUAAUGCCAUGGACCUGCUGAGGAUCCCCGGUCUACUUAUGUACAUGAUCCGCCUCUGCCUGGCUCGCUCUGCGGCAGAGAGGAGGAAUGUAAAGAGGCACCAGGCCUAUGAGUUCCAGUUUGGGGCGGCUUAUGCCUGGAUGAUGUGUGUCUUCACUGUCGUUAUGACCUACAGCAUCACCUGCCCGAUCAUCGUACCUUUCGGGCUGAUGUACAUGCUUCUGAAACAUCUAGCAGACAGGUACAACAUGUACUACGCCUAUCUGCCCUCCAAACUGGACAAAAAGAUCCAUUCUGGAGCGGUCAACCAAGUGGUGGCUGCUCCUAUUCUCUGUCUCUUUUGGCUUCUGUUCUUCUCCACUGUUCGCUCGGGGUUUUCAGCUGCAACAUCCAUGUUCACAUUCAUAGUUUUGAUCAUCACAAUCAUUAUCUGCCUCUCUCAUGUCUGCUUCGGACACUUUAAAUAUCUCAGUGCUCACAACUACAAGAUUGACUUCCAGGAUGUGGAUGGGUUGGAGAAUGGGCGUCCAGUGUGCAUGUCUGCCGCCAACAAGGCAGGACAAAUGUACAUUGCACUGGUACUUCAAGACCGAAAUUCAGAGGAGGCUGGUUCAGGCAGCGGUGAGGACGACGGCCAGGGGUCCUCGCAGGACGAGGAAAUAAUCAAUGUCGAAAAUGGCCUGAAUGAGGACUUCCAGUCUGGUGAGGACAGCCUCAUUGAUAAUGAAGUGCGGCACUGAUCCUGAACAGAAAAAAAAUCCCCUAAGUUUAACUUAAGGAGUGCACUGAAUAUGUGAAUUAAACUAGGAACUGAACCAACAGUUCUCCAAAGCAUCUCAACCUCCAUCGAGGGACUUUACACUAACAUAAGCACACUGUCUACUAAGGAUUUAAUGGAUUGUCGCUCAAGGAUUCUUGCGUUUCCUUCCCUGGGUCUCAACAAACCACAUUUUCUAUCUGUGCAGAGGGAAUCUACUCUGAGAAAGCACGGGCAGCGUCAUCCUUCUGCCCUAAUAUAGCAGAGGCAAACCCCCAAUACACUGCACAUGGGCUCAUGAAAGAAAGACACUAAAUGCACAAAUGAAGAAUAGUUUGCCUUGUUUUGUAAGGGGAGUGUUAUUCUGUCCGUAUUUCCUUAACGUUAUUGCACUUGAAAGAGAGGAUCUGUCCUAUAAGCUCAAGUUUCGCUAAGGUACUGUAGUACAGCAUGCCUUCAAGUCCAAAGGAUGGACUGAUUGUCCUACAUCCUUUGUAUCUUUAAUUGUCUGCACUAAAUGCUUUCCCUGAAUAAGCAGCUGGUGUGAUAAAGGACGAGAGUUUUCCACCCCACCAGACAGCUCGGUCUGUGCAGACGUGAUGGUCACAAAAUAGUUCUUCCAAAUCCAUAAAAGCCUUUAAAAAAAAAAAACAAAGAUGAAAAAAAAAUCAUUGCUACUAACACUCCUGAUGCAAUACAGCUAUAAAACUCUGGAUUUGUAAAAUAGCCUUUUUCGACAUGAUAUUUAUUUUGGAUUUUAAAUGCUAUCAAGCUUGAUACAUCCCUAAACUGUGGAAGAAGAUAGUUCGUAUCAUGGCACACUACACGGAUGGUGGAUCUUUUUGGCGUUGAGUCUCUGAGCCUGUGUUGGGACUGCUGUUGGACUGCUGCUACUGAUGCUAACCCCAGCAGGGGGAAUUCCUUGCACAGCUGCUGCAGGAGGACAGGAGGCCAGGAGCCUGCUGAUCCUGUUGUGUUGCUCAGCAGAUGGAGAGAAAGGCCUUUUGUUUGGUUUUUUUUCUGGGUCAGCUUCAUAUGAUACUCAGUGUGACUGGUUCUCUUUAUCUGUUGUUUUUCCUCGUAUCUUUUUUGUCCAUAUGUUUACCUCUUUAAGUAGAGAUUUUCAAAUUCAGUGUAGGUGGCUACUGAAAAACUUACAAAUAAGCUAAUCUAUAUCUUAUUACUCAGUCUUCUGCCAGGUCAGCGUCAGUGUUUGUCAUCUAAGUAGCAUAUUGUUCCAGUGGUCACUAAGCAUUGUUACACUUUACCAUUUGCAACUACUCAAUGCUGAGUUGUAGAUUGUUUAGCUCAAAUUGUGCAAUUUCGGUGAUAACAUAUCAGCUCUUACGCCAGGCCACUUGAGAGAGUUACACUAGUAAAUGAGGUGCACAUCUAUUUAAAGUCACUCAUUUUUGAACCUCAACUUUAUGCUAUUGAAUACAACUACGCCUUCCAACCAAAAGCAAAAUGGAAAAUAUAGGCCUCUUCAUUAUGUUGCUUCUCAAAUUGUUAUCAAAUAAACCUCCACCCCCACAACCCCACUCUUGAUUGUCAAACACGCUGAUUUAAUGUUUGUUCCUAAUUUGCGACGGCCAUAUGAAUCCACUUCUUUUCAGGUAUCAUACAUAUUUCAACAAUACAAACAUCAAGUCAAGUUCUUGAUGUGAAACAAAGUGCCCUCACAGUUAAGACCUUACUCAGGAUUUAUAAGGCUUCUUUCUUAGUCAGACGACACUAUGAGCUGCCCUUUAAACGUAAAGACGAUUGUUGGUAAAGCAAGGCAAAGAGCUGCAGACAAAGUUCCACUAACAGCCUGCCACUAUGGACCAUUUAUUGUUAAUGGAAUAACAUAACAUGAAAAAUGUAUUAUCAGCUGCUCAGAGAACCAUUGUGGGAAAUGUGCACUAAUCUUACUUUCACUUAUAUGAUUGACGGAGAGAAGUGCGCCCCCUGUGGGUGUAAUGACGACAAUGGUGAGCCUACACUGUUUCCAUAAAUUGUCCAUGGUUAUAGCGGUACCACAUAUGGGCAUACUAUUAUGGUACUAGAGAGAAUCGUUCAACACCAUAGAGUCUGGUGCUCUUCUAGUCAUGAUAAGGUGAUUUUAUUUUUUUAUACCUCUUCAUUUUUAUACCUCUGAGAUAUCUUGAAGUCUCUGAAUGUGUCCUGUCAAAAUAACACUAUACUAAUAUACUGUCCAACUCUGAAGGAGAUGCCUAAAAUCUCAUCUUGUCUAAUAACUCCAAUGUAUAAAUGCUGAAUGUAGGUUAAUUCCCCAACUUUUGGUGGCUAAAGUACUUGUGUGAUUGCUGUGUUUACACAGCUUCAAAAGGACGGUUCACCAGCUAACCAUGAAUUUUAAGUUUUAUACUAUAACAACUUGUGUCCAGUCCCAUGUCAUGGCAUUUCAUUUGACAACAGAUCUGUUUGUCAGUCUGAUGGUUAUCAAGUUUUUCCUGUACUCUUUUGCUCAUUCCAAGUCUAGGAUCCUUGUGGUAAUGAUAGUUUAUCUUUAUAAGGUCUGUGUAGACAGUGGGACUCAAUUAAAAUAAAUGGGCUUUUUUUGCAAACAGCCAAGCACUUUCUAAUAGAAGUUCUCAGUUUGUUUCUAAAAUGUAUUCAGAAUGGGUAGGAAAAUGUCUCUGCGUCUCAUAACUGUGCACAAUUAGAAUGUGUUUUUGUGUGCUUUGCCUUUUUAUAGUUUUACAUUUUUCUAGGUAGCAAGAGUAACAAUAGCAGAUCUCAGCAUUUGACCAUUUCAUUUUCUAAUUCUUUCCAAAGGGCCAUCUGUACAACAGAUAUAUACUGUGUAUAUCUGUACUUCUCCCUCUUUGAACAAUAAAUCUGUAUUUAAUCAAA